GCCACCUUUAUCAGCUUAUAAUACUACGCAUCCUUCAUAGCAAAGCCACCUACUUCCGUCCUCCUGACCCUCUUCUUCUCUUCCACCGUCUCUCCUCCGCUUAACCUGAGUUUGUGCCAUGGCAGACUGGUUUGUUGGCCAGACCUUGGAUAAGAUCAUCAACAAGAUCUUGGAUAAGAUCAUCGACACUUGCUUUGCUAACAUGCUCGAUCAAUAUAGACGGUAGACAGGCAUGAAGGAGGAGCUCGAAAGGCUGCGAGAGAACCACCCCAUGAUCGAAGCUGUCGUCUCUGCUUACACCCGAGCACACAUCACAGAUCGCAACCCGGCUCUCAAAAGAUGGAUAUGGCAGCUACGAGAUGCCAUCGAUGAGGCAGAUGAUGUUCUUGAUGACUACAUUGGGCUUGAAGAAGAACAACAGGAGCAGAUCAGACGAAACACGGAGAAAACAAAGGUGCGUUCUGUAGGCACUGGCUUUUUUUUCGUAACUACUUUCCUUCCUCUCAUCGAAAACUCAAAGCAGGAGCAGCAGGAGCUGGAGCUUCAGUUGUGCACAGAUCGUGAAACAGGGUGCUUGCCUAAAAACGUUCUCAUCUGUCGAGGCGAGGAAAAGGAUUUUGUUAUGCAGUGGUUGAGGAAGCCAACUUCCGCUCCGCUCCGCUUUGAUCCAGCGUCUGUCCCUAUAUGGUAUAUGAGUCAUACCAUAACACCAACAAAUGAAAAUCCAACUCAUAUUGCUAGCCCUACUCUAUACAAAAACAUUUCUCUUCUAUCCAUAGUGCGCCAUGGUGGCAUGGGCAAGACAACUCUCUUACAACACAUCUAUGAAGAUCUGGAAGAAAAAUUUGAACUGAAAAUGUGGGUUUGCGUUUCCAAGGACUUUGAUGUAAAAAAGGUGAUUGACGAUAUGUUGGAAUGUCUUAACAAGGAGAGACCUCGUUUGGAGUCACUCGCUACUGUUCAAGAGAAUCUUAAAGCUGUCGUGCAAUCCAAAAGCUUCUUGCUUGUUUUGGAUGACAUUUGGGAAGAAGAUAUGAGCAAAUGGGAGAACUUACUCUGCCCUCAAGUUUACGGAGGUUUGGGAAGUAAAAUUUUGUUGACUACCCGGAUGGAUACAGUUACAUCGACGAUUGCAAAUGUUAUUAGUAAUGAUAAAGAAAUUUAUCCAUUAAAGGGCUUAGAGGAAGAUGCGUGUUUGAAGCUACUCAACACCCAUUCAUUUGCUGUUGUAAAGAAUCUUGAUGCUCAUACAAAAUUAAUACACAUUGCUAGUUCGAUAGUUAAAAAGCUUUCAGGCUCUCCAUUGGCCGCAAAGGUCAUUGGUGGUGUUCUCAAUUCUAACUUAACUGAGAGAUUUUGGAUGAAAAUUUUAGAAAGUAAUGUUCUAAACGUAGAACCAAAACCGGGUCGCAAUAACAUUUUGCCUAUCUUAAAUUUGAGUUUUACGUUCCUCCCACAACCUCUACAAAAUUGUUUUGCAUUUUGUGGCGUAUUCCCACAAGAUCAUCAGUUUGAUAAAGUUGAUUUAGUCCGAAUGUGGAUUGCAUUGGGCUUCAUUCAGGAAUCUUCUAUUGAAGGAGAAACUUUGGAAGAUAUUGGAGGAACGUAUUUGGAUGUUUUGGUCAGAAUAUCUUUCUUUGAUGAGUUUCAACAUUCUAGAAGAAUAUACUAUAAGAUGCAUGAUUUAUUACAGUUUUGGCAGUCUAUUUAUUCAAAGGAAUGUUUCAGAUUUGUGGGAGAUGAUGUUUUAUCUUUUAACGUUCCUAAAAAUGCUCGACACUUAUUUGUUAAAACUGAAAAUCCAGAAGUGUUGAGAAAGAUCAAAGAUGUUAAAAAUCUACAUUCGCUUUUUUUGACAGUCGUUGAUCAAGAUUUUACUGAAAUACUUACUGAAAUUUUUGAAGCAUCGAGAAGGAUUCGUUUGUUGUUCAUAUGCUCUCUAGGGCAGAAAAAGAUUUCUGAGGCUAUUAAAAAUUUGAGACAUCUUCGAUAUUUGAAUCUUACUGCACAGCUCACUCAUAUGCCAAGAUCUCUAAGCAGUCUUUAUCAUUUGCGGUUCAUAAUCUAUGGAAGGAUGUGUUGGGGAUUUUGCUCUGAUGAUUUCUUGCCUGGCAAUGUGAGUAAUCUUUCUAGUUUGCGUUACUUGGAAUUGCCGCCGAAUUUAUUUUCUAGUUUACCUGGAAUUGGGAAAUUAAGGUCACUUCAAGAAUUAAACGAGUUUAAUGUUAAGAAUGAGAAUGAGGCUCGCAAUGCUAAAUUAUUUGAGAAGAGAAAACUCACAGACUUAUUCUUGAAUUGGGGCUAUACCGUUGAUGAACGGAAGAUUGUCAAUUCUGACUUAGAUGUGCAUGUGCUUGAAAAUCUCAAACCAUACAAAAAUCUGAAGAGAUUGUCCAUAGUUUCAUACAAGGGUGUAAGCUCUGCAAAACGGAUGUACAAUGCAGAUUUGAUCUCCAAUCUAGAGUGCAUCCGUCUGGAUGAGUGUUCAGAGUGGGAAACUCUUCCACCUUUUGGGCAGCUUCCCCACCUGAAGUCACUAUACCUUCGUAGCAUGCCAAAAGCAAAGCGGCUUGAGCCUAAAUUCCAUGGGGACGACGCUAAAUAUGGAGGGAUUGCAAGUAUUGGGGGAUUGGAGUUCCCCUAUUUGCCUCCUAAGCUCAAGAAAAUGAAGAUACAAAACAUCGGAUGGAAGGCUGCUUUGACCUGCAAGCAAGAAAUCAACAACUGCAAGAUAGAAACAUUAGAGGUCCUUUUGUGUCCAAACAUCACAGCUCUUCUUCUGGCGGAUGUAGGAAAACUGAGAAUUGAAGGUUGCCCCAAUCUGAUUUCUCUUGGCGGACUGCAACAAGCGGAGAGUGGCAUUGAGAAAUUCCAGCUUAUUGUCAGUGAAGUUGUUAUAGAUGACCCAUCCUUGUUGCCAACAGCAAGUAUCGCCUCCUUGGAAAAGCUCACAAUUUGUAAUAAUGACGUGCUGGUUUCUUUUACAAUUGAGGCGGAGCAGUGGUUUUCGCACGUUAGCUCAUCCCUUCGUGAGUUGUGCUUUGAAGGCCUCAAAUCCCUGAAGUCUCUUCCUUCCUCCUUGGAACGCCUCUCUUCACUUGAGAUUCUAUGCGUCAAAGAAGUUCGUCUGCUUCUGCAGCUUCUACACAUCCCCGCCUCGCUGAAAGAAUUACGUCUUCAACACCUGGAAUCAUUGCAGCGCCUGCCAUCUUCUUUGUCGGCCAUCUCAUCCCUCAAGCAUCUAGAUUUAGUAAGCAUUCCAUUCCUCAAAUCAUUGCCAGAACUCCAUCCCUAUUUGUCUGAUCUGAAUCUAAAUAAGCUUGAUAACAUAGAGUGCCUGCCAUCUUCUUUGUCGGCCAUCUCAUCCCUCACCAAUUUAAGUGCCUGCCAUCUUCUUUUUCGGCCAUCUCAUCCCUUGAGUUUGAGUCUUGAUAAUCUACAGUGCCUGCCAUCUUCUUUGUCGGCCAUCUCAUCCCUCUGGUCUCUUAGUUUAGAAAGCAUUCCACUCCUCAAAUCAUUGCCAGAACUCCCUCCCUCUUUGUCUAGUCUGUCUAUAAAGAGUCUUGAUAACCUACAGUGCCUGCCAUCUUCUUUGUCGGCCAUCUCAUCCCUCUGGUCUCUUAGUUUAGAAAGCAUUCCACUCCUCAAAUCAUUGCCAGAACUCCCUCCCUCUUUGUCUAAUAUGUAUAUAAGGAGUCUUGAUAACCUACAGUGCCUGCCCUCUUCUUUGUCGGCCAUUUCAUCCCUUAAGCAUCUAGAAUUAGAUAGCAUUCCACUCCUCAAAUCGUUGCCAGAACUCCCUUCCUCUUUGUCUUGUAUUUAUAUAAUAAGUCUUGAUAAGCUAGAGUGCCUGCCAUCAUCUUUGUCGGCCAUCUCAUCCCUCAAGUUUCUUAAUUUAAAAAGCAUUCCACUCCUCAAAUCAUUGCCAGAACUCCCUCCCUCUUUGUCUAGUCUGUCUAUAAAGAGUCUUGAUAACCUAGAGUGCCUGUCAUCUUCUUUGCUCUUUCCUGAGAAACAAAAACAGGUUUCUGAAGAGCCUUUUAGAUAUCUCAAAAUCCACUUCACAGCUUCCCAAUGUUUCUUCCCUGGAUUACUCAUGUUUCUGCUCAUAACUCCCACUGCAUGGGCAAUAUCUGGUCUGGGUGUAAGCUCUGCAAAAUGGAUGUACAAUGCAGAUUUGAUCUCCAAUCUGGAGUACAUCAGUUUGAACGGUUGCUCGGAGUGGGAAACUCUUCCACCUCUUGGGCAGCUUCCCCACCUCAAGUCACUGUACCUUUAUAACAUGCCACGAGCAAAGCGUCUUGAUCAUAAAUUCCAUGGGAAUGACAAGGUUUCUGUGUUUCCAUCAUUGGAGGUGCUACAUAUUAAGGGAUUACAAGUAUUGGAGGACUGGUUUGAUGGAGCAGGAGCAACAGCAUAUGACUGUUUCUUUCCUUGCUCAACUGAACUCUUCCUCGAUAACUGCCCAAAUCUGCACGAGUUGCCCCAUUUGCCUCCUAAGCUCAAGGAAAUGAAGAUACAGAACAUCGGAUGGAAGACUGCUUUAAACUGCAAGCAAGAAACCAACAACUGUUGCGACAUUUCAAAAUCAACUCCCCUUGAGACAUUAGAGGUCCUUUCGUGCCCAAACGUCACAUCUCUUCUUCAGGCAGAUGUAAGGCUUGAAGCACUGAGAAAAUUGAGAAUUGAAGGUUGCCCCAAUCUGAUUUCUCUUGGUGGACUGCAACAAGUGGAGAGUGGCAUUGAGAAAUCCCUGCAGUCUCUCCCUUCCUCCUUCGAACGCCUCUCUUCACUUGAGAUUCUACGUGUCCAAGAUGUUCCUCAGCUCCAGCAGCUUCAACACAUCUCCGCCUCCCUGAAAGACUUACGUCUUGAAUACCUGGAAUCAUUGCAGUGCCUGCCAUCUUCUUUGUCGGCCAUCUCAUCUCUCACCUAUUUAGAAUUAGAAAGCAUUCCACUCCUCAAAUCAUUGCCAGAAUUCCCUCCCUCUUUGUCUUAUAUGUCUAUAAAGAGGCUUGAUAACCUACAGUGCCUGCCAUCUUCUUUGUCGGCCAUCUCAUCCCUCAAGGAGCUUCAUUUAGAGAGCAUUCCACUCCUAAAAUCAUUGCCAGACCUCCCUUCCUCCUCGUGUUCAAUAGUAGUAGCAAAUUGUGAUCCAGAGUUGAUGAAGCGUUAUUAACAAAUAUUGAGGACACAAGAUUCCAUACGUUCCUGAUGUCAGUAUUAAUUUUAUUUUAGAGUUGUGUUUGUAAUUAAAUUAUAAAAUCAUUGUUUUGUCGUUAAUUUUUAAUUUCAAUUGUAGUUAAAAUAUGAUUUCUGAUUUUGGAUUGGAUA